AUGUCCACCAAAGGGCAGUUCAACACCAAAAAUCCAACCAUCAAACGCAUAUUAAAAGAAGCUUCCGAGCUCUCCAGCUCCCCAUCACAAGACUAUCAUGCUGAACCCCUAGAGGACAACAUCUUCGAAUGGCAUUUCACAAUCCGAGGCCCACCCGCCCCCUCUGCAUACGCUGGCGGCAUCUACCACGGCCGCAUAAUACUGCCGCCACAGUACCCCCUGCGGCCGCCGUCUUUCCGCUUCCUCACACCUACAGGACGAUUCGAAGUCAAUCGCGAGAUCUGCCUUAGUAUAUCGGGACACCAUGAAGAAACGUGGCAGCCAGCAUGGGGCGUGAGGACGGCACUGGUCGCCAUAAGAAGCUUCAUGGACACCGAUGCGAAGGGCCAAUUGGGUGGUCUCGAGUGUAGCAAGGAUGAGAGGGAGAGGAUGGCGCGUGACAGCGGCAAGUGGGCUUGUGCGGCGUGCGGGAAGAGCAACGAUGAGAUUAUGAAAGAGAGGGAAGAGGCUGUCAAGGCAACUGAGGAGCAGGAUGGUAUUAGAAAAGAAGACGAGGUUCCUGAAGAGUUGAGACUUGCGUAUCGAGAUGAGCUAGGCAAGAAAGACGAGGCUGAGGCUGAGAAGCUGGACAAGGGGAAGAGCAAAGCCGUCGAGUUCCAAGUCCGACCUGAGCUCUCGAGCCAAGAUGCGGCGCUUCAGUCACCGGCCACAGAACCCGUUGUGGCGCCAGCAAUCGCGAGCAUGCCAACACUCAGACCCACUAGGACAGUGCCGGUUCCACCUCUGCAACAGGUGGUCCAGCAAAGUCCCAAUCGAUCACUGGCCUGGAUUGAUGCUUGCAUCUGGGGUGUCGUCGCCAUGCUGCUUUUUAUGGUCAUCAAGAAAUUUGACAUACUAUAG